CCAUCUCAGUAAAUUAAGCAUUUUUGGCUGCAAUCAGUGCCGGAAAAAUAAAAAAGUUUAGUCUAUUACAGAAGUAAAUAAACGUCGUGUUUCCAGAAAAUGUCAGAAAUAUGUCCUGGGAGAUACUGUGGAAGAACUGAAGAUGUUAAUGGAAUUUCAAGUUCUUGUGGGCCGUGUCCAAUUGGCUACCGGGUUAACGAACAACGCGAGUGCGUUCGUUGUGUUCGUGACCCUUCUCAUUACGAUUUAUUAUAUCUUGGAUUUAUGUUUAUGCUUCCUUUUAUCAUGCAUUUUUAUGUCAUCAAUCGCUGCUGUGAUAGCCUUAAGGACCAAAUAACGACAUACAGUUCCGCUGUGGUAGAGCUUGUGCUCUCAGCCCUGAUUUCAGUACUAUUGAUGGACCCUGUUGGAACCUUUCAUUUACAUACGUGUGGCGUAGAGCAUUUCUCGGAUUGGUAUACGCUAUUUUACAAUCCAUCUCCAAAUUAUGUUUCGAAACUACACUGCACACAGGAAGCUGUUUAUCCAUUACAAACGAUGGUGCUUGUUUUUUAUUUCAUUAGUUUAUUGCAAAUGAUAGUCUUUAGAUUGAUUCUAAAGACAUUUUUUUGGGUUUACAAGGAUAGAGCUCUGUAUAGCGCCAUGUAUUUCUUUCCAAUUUUGAUGUUUGGACAUAGCGUGGCUUGUGGUAUAUUAUAUUACGGCUUCCCCUAUCUGAGUAUCUUUAUGGCGAUGAUUACAAAUGCUUGGCAUCAGUCAAUUAAAUCAGAUCGUCCAAUUCACUCAAUUUUGAAAUCAACAAAGACUUUAAUUAUAACUGGUGGGCACUGGUUUUUUUUGGCAUAUGGUAUCAUAUCACUGCGACAUACAUUUUUUUUGUUUUUAGUUCCCAUACCUUUUUUUUUUUAUAAUCUAACAUUACCGUAUACAGAUCCAAGUGAGUUUCAGGAAAAUGAAGAAUAAAGUUACUUAAAUUAAAUUUUUUCCUAUUUAAAUUAUAUUGUGAAAAGAAAUGUCCUGGCCUGGCGUGUCUAUUUUUUAUUAUUUGGAAAUCCAUUGGAGUUUAUUUAAGAAGCUUAACCUAACCGCAAAUUUGACAAUAUCUCGGUUCUAGCACAACACAUACUUUUAAACGAAAUACCCACUUGUUGUAAAUAAUGUGUUUGCAAAAGAGCUCAAUAUAGCUAUACAUUUUUGUUUAAAGAUUUCUUGGCUUCUUUUGGUGGUACAGAAGCAAUUUUUUAAUUAUUGAAUUUAUCUUUAAGAUAGGCGUCAAAUAUAUGUAAGUACACUUCAAGAAUAGUUCAAUACAAUAGUUUAUAUGUAGGUAUACGUAUUUAAAUGUAAAAUCUAGUAUUAAGCCUUUUAAAUAAUUCAUUUACAAAAAAAAAAAAAAACCUUUAUGAAUAAAUUUAAAUAGAAACUGAAUGAGAAAUAAUUACUAAGUAAAUUUAAGAAUAAAAACAAAAUUUAUUAAUAAUUGUUGAUUUCGGCAA